UAAAAAAUCUCUCGGUGCGUACAUUUCUAAGUUUUCUUGCAUACACCGGUUUCACCAGACCUGACCGGAGGCACUGCUACUGAGUCACCGAGUCACGGAGCACCAAACAGAGAGAGAAAUGAACCGAAAGAGGGGCUCAGAAGUGAGUGAGUGAUGCCUGACUGACUGUCACCGUGAUCAGGAUAAUGUCUGCAGCCGUCGACGACGUUGCUCCUCUUCUUCAUCUCUACAGAGACAGAGACACAGACAGAGACGGAGAAUCAUCCAUUUCUAAUGAGAUCCCAAGUCUUGUGCCCGCCUCACCAUCCAACGGCACAGAUGCAUCGACGCCUAAUCAACGCCUGGCCUCUCUCGACGUCUUCCGUGGCCUCACCGUCGCGUUGAUGAUUUUGGUCGAUGAUGCCGGAGGAGCUUUCCCGUCGAUAAACCACUCUCCGUGGUUGGGCGUUACACUUGCAGAUUUUGUAAUGCCAUUUUUUCUUUUUCUUGUUGGCGUCUCCAUCAGUCUUGCAUUCAAGAAAAUACCCAACAAGACAACUGCCACAAAGAAAGUCAUUCUUAGAGCAAUGAAUCUCUUUCUCUUGGGGUUGUUACUGCAAGGUGGGUAUUUCCAUGGGCGUGACCAUUUAACAUAUGGGGUUGAUGUGGGCAAGAUACGUUGGCUAGGUGUACUACAGAGGAUUUCAAUUGGAUAUUUGCUGGCUUCAAUCUCAGAGAUCUGGUUUGUUAACAAUAUCAUGGUUGAAUCACUGGUCGAUUUUGCUAGGAAAUACUACAAUCAGUGGCUGUUUGCUAUUGGAUUAUGCUUUUUUCACAUGUGCUUUCUGUAUGGUCUUUUCGUUCCAACUUGGGAAUAUGAAGCUGCAAGCUUGAAUUUGUCUCGUUCUGGACCUGGUACUCAAAUUGUUUAUUGUGGAGUGAGGGGUAGUCUUGAACCUCCUUGCAAUGCUGUUGGUUAUAUCGAUCGAGUUAUUCUGGGCGAGCAUCACCUUUAUCAACAUCCUGUUUACAGAAGAACAAAGGUCAUUCUCAUGGGCCUUCUCUGUGUUAAUUCUCCUGACUAUGGACCUCUGCCCUCUGAUUCUCCUCAAUGGUGCUUUGCACCAUUUGACUCAGAGGGAAUCUUAAGUUCUCUGAUGGCUGCUGUUACAUGUUUUGUGGGAUUGCAUUUUGGGCACAUACUAUUGCAUUUCAAGGACCAGAAGCAGAGGAUAUUGUUAUGGUCUAUGUCCUCCUUUCCUCUUCUAAUAUUUGGAUAUGCCUUGAAGAUACUUGGUAUUCCUUUCUGUAAACCACUAUACACAAUGAGCUAUACAUGUAUUACAGCAGGAGCAUCAGGCUUGAUAUUAUGCAUUAUCUUCUACAUAGUUGAUGUCAAACAUUUCAUAAAAGUGACAGUGUUGCUGCAAUGGAUGGGGAUGAAUGCGCUCAUUAUAUAUGCUUUGGGUGCUUGUGACCUCUUCUCAGCAGGUUUGCAAGGUUUCUAUUGGCGGUCACCAGAGAAUAACUUGGUUGAUGGGACAGAGGCAUUAUUGCAGGGCAUGCUUCGAUCGAAGAACUGGGGUACCCUAGCAUUUGUAAUACUUGAGAUUUUAUUUUGGGGUCUUGUUUCUGGGUUUCUUCACAUGAAAGGCGUGUAUAUAAAACUGUAAAAUGGUCCCAGUUUUAAUUUCCUGUAGUGACAAAAUUUAAGGACAUCAUCCUUGUUAAUAUUACAAGAAAUUGUAUAAAUAAUAUUUCGGGAUUAUUAUUUUAAGCAUUAAUUUUCUUAUCUGA